CUCGCGAAAAGAUGAAAAGCCCAAACCUCAAGGAACAUGGAAGCUUUUUGGGUCUGACGACGGAGUUCUGUCCCUUUCUCUUACGGAAACAAACCAUUUAUUGCUGACCAAAGGAGCGGAAGUCUUGGAGGGAUUCUCUCUACACAAUGCACCACAGUGGUUAAAGGCCGUCCAUAAGGGGGACAGUCUACUGUUUGUCUCCAAACUCAACAAUCAGAGCCGCAUGUUUCGUGUUCAAGUGGCGCCCUCUGGCGAGCAGUCUGGUAUUGCAUGUUGUGCUGAGUGUGUCAGAGAGCUGUCCAAGUACCUCCCAGUUAACACAAGUGUGAUCUCAACACCAGUAGAAUCCAGAGAUAAAGAUGAUGACAAGCAGAAAGAGGACAAAAAGGAAGACACAGACACAGGGGCUGUUAUCACAAAGGAAACACUCCAAAUAACUGAUGGCCGUGUCACAGUGUCUGAUAUGGCAAAGAUCUUGACAGGCACAGUGACCUGUGACCUUCCACUAGCCUACCAGCAGACCAACCUGUGUACAGACCCAGGUGACAUGGACGCCAUCCUGCGCCUGUGCCUCACAGACAGUAACUUCCCGGCAUUUGUUGGACAAGUAGAAACAAGGAUGCAGGAAAUAAUACAAGGGAAAGAUUGAUACACAGGUGGUCCACAUCAUGAAGUGUUGUAAUUUUUGUUCUGUUUUUUUGCUUACAGCAUUUAAAUCAAAUCAUCAGAGCUAAAAAAGAUGGGCUAUACAUCAUAAAUAAUGUAUCCACUGGUUAUCACACAACAUGACCAGAAAGUGGUAUAUGAGCUUGGAACAGCAUCUUUUUUUUUACUGAUGAAUACAAUCAGAAUAAAGAGUUAGAAAUCAUUUGGGCAGUUUUAAGUAAUAUUUUCCUUCUGCGAAGGUAAACAU